AAUUUUUCUAAGAUACAUCUCGAAAACCAUAAUAUCGUUUUUUGACAAAAUAAGAAUUUAGAACUGUAGUACUACUUGUUCCGCUAUCAUAAGAAAAAGGUUUGAAUCUAGUUUAAGAUCGGACGGUCAAGAGUGAUGAACCCCAUGGUCUUCGUCAUGUGGGCGCGAAGCACAAUGAAGGAACGCCAAAGAUCCACUUUCGAAUCAGAGCUCUUCAAUCUCGAUCAGCUUCGCUGCGUUGUGCGGCCAUUAGAAUGCGAUAACAAAACGACACACCCAAGCUCUCACUCCCUCUGCUGUUUACUUCCACUCUCCUCUGUCUUCUUCUCAACUUUUUCUGGGGUCUCUCAUUGUCGUUCUCAUCAUCUAAUCUAAUAAUGAAUACCAGUCUGAUGGUUUUUUCAGCUUCUCUUACUCAUCCCAAUCCGAUGGUAAAAGUAUUUCCAGUUCAGUAGGAAGAUCCUCUUGCUUGGCAAAGGGUUUCAUUCUUCUCUGGUUUUUGGAUUAUCUUAUUUUGUGACUGAACAUGGCAACUCUUGUAACAUCACUUGCAAUACAGUCUUGCCGUUUGAAUCGUGGAGGCUCUAGAUCAUCUAAGACAAAACAUUUCAGUCGUAUUGUAUGCAUAAAUAGAAUUAUUAACAGAUUUGAUAAAAUGGAUGAAAGAAAGCUAUUCUGUGGAGAAGUUGCACGACAAAUUGCAAGAACUUAUCCCAGGAAUUUGAAUGUGGAAGUGUAUGCUAGAUCACAAGUUUCGGUUGAGCCAGUUGAACAGAGAUUCUCAGCAAAUACUCAAGUUGAAGACCCUGAUAAGGUAUCAUCCUAUCUUUUCAGGACAGAAAUUGGUGGUUUAGUGAAUGUGUCUGUCAGGAAGAGAAAUGUUAAUUAUGCAGUCUAUGUUGAAAUUUCAUCCUUGCCACUUUCUGGUAAUGAUGAUAGACUGGUACUUAACUGGGGCAUGUACAGAGAUGAUUCAUCCAGUUUCACGUCUGUCGACACUCCGUUUUCGAAGAUUUCUUUUGGCAGGUUUUCUAUUCAGUUGGAUUUCGAGGCCAAAGGAAUACCCGUCUAUCUCUCUUUUCUUUUUAAAUCUUUGGUAGAUGCCAAUUCUAGUGGCUUACAGAUACGAAGUCAUAGGAAGACAAAUUUUGUUGUACCUGUUGGUUUUGAUUCAGGCCAUCCGAGCCCACUAGGUCUUUCCUUUUCAAGUGAUGGUUCAAUGAAUUUCGCCAUUUUUUCAAGAAAUGCAGAAAGUGUGGUUUUAUGCUUGUAUGAUGACACUACGGUUGAUGAUCCUGCUUUGGAGCUUGAUCUAGAUCCUUAUGUCAAUCGAUCAGGUGAUAUUUGGCAUGCCUCCUUCGAAAGUGCCUGGAAUUUUGUGAGCUAUGGUUAUCGAUUCAAGGGGACCCAUCUGCAGAAAAAUAAAGAUUCAUUGGAUGGACAUAUACUUCUGGAUCCAUAUGCUAAGAUCAUUGGGAAUUCUACUUCUAGUAAACAUGGAAAUGGGCUGAAGUACCUUGGACAAUUAUGCAAGGAACCUGAUUUUGACUGGAAUGAUGAUAUUCAUCCCAACUUACCACUGGAGAAACUAGUAGUUUAUCGAUUAAACACUAAGCGUUUUACAGAGCACAAGUCUAGUGGGUUACCUUCUGAUAUUGCAGGGACCUUCUCUGGUUUGAUUGAGAAGUUGGAGCAUUUGAAGGACUUGGGCGUGAAUGCUGUUUUAUUAGAGCCAGUUUUCCCAUUCGAUGAGACAAAAGGGCCAUAUUUUCCAUGUCAUUUCUUUUCACCAACGAACCUCUAUGGACCUUCUGGUGGCCCGGUAUCUGCUAUCAACUCAAUGAAGGAUAUGGUAAAGAAAUUGCAUGCAAAUGGAAUAGAGGUUUUGCUGGAAGUUGUAUUCACCCAUACUGCUGACAAUGAAUCACUUCAUGGAAUCGAUGAUGAAUCUUAUUACUAUGCCAAUGGGGCUGUGGAUUUGGUCCACAAAAGUGCUUUAAAUUCUAACUAUCCCAUUGUGCAACAGAUGAUUUUAGAUAGUCUUCGACACUGGGUAACUGAGUUUCACAUUGAUGGUUUUUGUUUCAUUAAUGCAUCCUAUUUGUUGCGAGGGUUCUAUGGAGAAAAACUUUCUCGCCCUCCUUUGGUUGAAGCAAUUGCUUUUGAUCCGCUACUCUCAAAUACCAAGAACAUAGCAGACUGUUGGGAUCCUCAUGACAUGGUACCAAAAGAAACUCGUUUUCCUCAUUGGAAGAGAUGGGCAGAAAUGAAUGCAAAAUUUUGUUAUGAUGUUAGAAACUUCUUGAGGGGUGAGGGGCUUCUUAGUGACCUUGCUACUAGACUUUGUGGGAGUGGGGACAUCUUUUCAGGGGGACGUGGCCCAGCAUACUCUUUCAAUUUCAUUGCCAGAAACUCUGGACUUCCUCUUGUAGACCUUGUCAGCUUCAGUGGUGAUGAGUUGGCUUCAGAAUUAAGUUGGAAUUGUGGGGAAGAAGGUCCUACAAACAAAACUGCUGUACUCGAGAGACGACUUAAACAAAUUCGUAAUUUUCUCUUUGUUCUGCAUGUUUCGCUAGGUGUGCCCGUUCUUAAUAUGGGAGACGAGUGCGGACAAUCUUCUAGUGCUUCUCCUUCAUAUGAUGACAGAAAAUCUUUUGAUUGGAAGGCUCUAAGAACAGGUUUUGGUAUUCAGACUACACAAUUCAUCUCCUUUUUGAAUUCAUUGAGGACGCAGAGAUGUGACCUUCUUCAGAAGAGGAACUUCUUGAAAGAAGAAAACAUUGACUGGUAUGGUAGUGAUCAAUCUCUGCCAAGAUGGGAAGACCCAUCUUGCAAAUUCCUUGCCAUGAGGUUGAAAGUUGAUGAAGACAAACUUGGGAACAAAUUAACCUCCGAAUUGUCUUCUGAUCAAAAGGGUGAUCUGUUUAUUGCAUUCAAUGCAGCUCAUCAUAAAGAGAGUGUUAUUCUACCCCCACCCCCAAAAGGCAUGGAAUGGCACCGACUUGUAGACACGGCUCUUCCAUUCCCAGGUUUCUUCUCAACUGAUGGUGAGCCCGUCGUUGAACAUACGGUGGGAUUAGUUGCUGCUUAUGAAAUGAAGUCACAUAGUUGCACUCUUUUUGAAGCCAGAAGCAAGUAGUGCCAACCAUAGAAGUUUGAUUCCUUUUACCGUAGCAUAUUUUUAUUAGACAAAGUUUAUUAUAGAAUACCCAAUAAAUGUUGGAAUGCAUCAGAGUACAGUAGCA